CUGAUCUCUGACCAGCAAUAUUUCAUCUUCUCGGAGAUCUUCAGCACCGUAUGCACCUGCGUGUCCGUCUUGGGUUGCCUCGGCAACCUGGUCACCAUCAGAACGUUUAUCUCCAUGGGGGUCAAGGACGGCGUGACGCUCUCCUUCGUGUUCCUCACCGUCUCGGACCUCGCGUACCUCGUCGCCAUGGCCGCGCACGCCGUCGCGCUGGGACUCUACGUGCUGGAGAGGAAAGGAGCGUACAAGGUGUGGUUUCCUGUCGAGCCGUUCGGGGUCUACGUCUUCUUCUCCAACGUCGGCAUCCUGCUGUACCUCCUCACCAUGAUGACCACCACUUUUCUGGCAGUGGUCCGCUGCAUGUGCGUGGCCAUGCCGCUGAAAUUCAUGAACGUCUUCACCAAGAAAUCCUCGAUUUUGAUCCUCUCCGUCUUCUUCGUCAUCGCCGUGGCCAGCUACUUUCCCAUACUCGUGUUCAUGAGGAUGGUCACGGAGUUCGACGAGAGGGUCAACGCCACGAGGUCCGUGCUGUGGAUCUCGCCCAGGCGGGACAAGGUCAAAGAGGCCGUGUGGAUCUCCAGGGACGUGGCGGUCACUUUCGUCACGCAGGUCAUCGUCACGGUGUGCGUGAUUGUCAUGGUCAAGAGUCUCCGGACGGCGGCUAAAUUCCGACAGAAUUUUGCGAACAUUCUAACACCCUCGAAGCCGACUUUCCAGAAGAAUCUUCAGAUAUUUUCUGUGCUUGACAUAAAUGGAAAUGGUCCAGGGCAAAAGGAACACGAGACGCCGAGCGCAGAGAAGAACAACAUCGCGUAUUCCAACAAGCUUAGUCUCAAAGACAUGUCUGUGGUCAAGCAGGUGGUGCUCAUAUCUGUCGUGUACAUCGUCUGCAACACUCCCAAGAUCCUCGUGGACGUCACCGCCAUGUUCGUCUCAGACUUCACACUGGGCAAGAGUUAUCAGAACUUGUAUUUGGUUGUGAUCUCCCUCAUGGAACUCUCCCAGGCACUUAAUUCCAGCAGCAGUAUCAUCAUCUAUUACCGGUACAACUCGAGGUUCAGAAAG